UGUGUACGUUGUUUACACAUAAUAUUAGCCAAAGAGAAGCAAAUAAAUAAAAUAAAGAUGUAUCGAAUUUUGUUUAUAUAUUUUUCCUCCUCAAGCAUAUUAAUGUCGAUCACUUCAGGCCAUACUUACCCAAUAUUAUCACCUACCAAACUAAUACAGAACUAUGAAGAAAAAUACUUAAAUCCGUUAGAUUCUUUUACCGAAUUAGAAAAAGGAGAGGCGCUGAAUUGUGAAACAACUAAGGAAAUAGAUAGUUCCAACAUAGAAAUAAACAAACACGAAAGGAACAGUGAAACAAAUAAAAAGUGCGGAGUAUUUGAACCUAAAGAACAGGAAUCUAGGAAAUAUGAGCAUGAUGAAGAAGAAAAACGGAAAAAGGAGGAUGGUGAUAAAUUGAAAAAAAGAAAUGGUAAUGAUGAAGAUAGGAACAAAAAAAAGGAAGAAGAAAGUGAUGAAAGUAAUGAUGAAAAAGGAGAAGAGUGGGAAAAAGAAAACGGUCAAGAUGAAGAAGGGAGCGAAGAAAAGAAAGAAGAUGAUGAUGAAAAAGAAGAAGAACGAAAAAAAGAAAAGACUAGUGAUGAAAAAAGGAGCGGAGAAAAGGAAGAAGAAAGUGAUGAAAGUGAUGAUGAAAAAGAAAAAGAACGGGAAAAAGAAAGUGGUCAUGAUGAUGUAGGAGGCGAAGAAAAGAAAGAAGAAAAUUAUGAUGGAAAAAAAGAAGAAUUGGGCGAAAGGAAGGAAAAUGAAAGGGGAGGAAUAGAAACGGAAAGUAAAACAGAAAACGGAAAGAGAAAAGAAAAUGAAGAAAAAAAGAGUAAAGAAGAAAAAAGACAUGAUGAAAAGUAUAUAGAGAAUGAUGUUAACAGAACCGAAAACAAAGUAGUAGCGAAUGAAAAAGAAAAUAAAGAAAGCUCUGGAAUAAAAGGAGAAGAAAAGGUGGAAGAUGAAAAAAAGGGAAAUGAAACACAAAAUAUUAAUCAGAUGAAAAAGAAUGACACAAUUAUCAUUAAAGUUCUUGGCGGUAUCAAUGUACCAGAUAAUAAAAGUAUAACUUUUUAA